GGCGGGGGGGCGGUGAAUGGCGCGGUCGCCUCCUGAUUUACAUGUUCCCUUUACUUAAAAUGUUUUUUUUUCACCUCCGCUGCGUGAAACUUUGGACAACUGUUUUGUUUUCCCUUCGAUCUGCAGAUUCAAAAUGAAGAGAAGGCGCUAAAGCUGCGAUUGUAGCCAAUUAUGUGGUUGGUGGCUGCGUUUGGAGCUUUGAGUUGAAAGGCUUUACGUGAAUGUGUGUUUUAGAAUUUGGGUUGUUUCCCUUCCCUUGCGAUUGUUUUCUAAGAUUGGGAUUACUUUUUCUUUGCGAAGCGGGCGUGUUCGUAUUUAUGAUUUGAAGGAAUGUUUGUUCAUUGAGAACCUGCGAUGCUCCAGAUUUCAUUGUGCUCACGCUUUAUUUUGUUAGCCUCAAGACCGGACUUGGUGGAAUCGAGUAAAUCAAGUCUCUACCCAGCGUGGGGCUUGAACCCACGACCCCAAGAUAAGAGUCGCAUGCUCUUUGACUGAGCCAACCAGGCACCCCAGAAUGUAAACACUUUAAAGUUCCCAAUUUUAUUUAUUUAUUUGAGGGAGAGGAAGAAGAAGAAGGCUCCCCACUGAGCAGGGAGCCCAACUUAGGCUGGAUCCCAGGACCCUGGAGUCAUGAACUGAGCUGAAGAUAGAUGCUUAACUGACUGAGCCAUUCAGAGGGAAUCUGGAAAAGUUGUAAGCAAAACAUCAUUUGUCUAAGAAAGUACUGGGUAACAGAAGUUCUGGAUAACAGGGCAAAGCAGUUCGGUCACCAUGAGCUGGAGCUUCCUGACACGCCUGCUAGAGGAGAUCCACAACCAUUCGACAUUUGUAGGGAAGAUCUGGCUCACUGUACUGAUUGUCUUCCGGAUUGUCCUUACGGCUGUAGGAGGGGAGUCCAUCUAUUAUGAUGAGCAAAGCAAAUUUGUAUGUAACACAGAGCAGCCAGGCUGCGAGAACGUCUGCUAUGAUGCCUUCGCACCCCUCUCCCAUGUGCGCUUCUGGGUAUUCCAGAUCAUCCUGGUGGCAACCCCAUCUGUGAUGUACCUGGGCUACGCCAUCCACAAGAUCGCCAAGAUGGAGCACGGAGAAGCAGACAAGAAGGCGGCUCGGAGCAAACCCUAUGCCAUGCGUUGGAAACAGCACAGGGCUCUGGAGGAAACAGAAGAGGACCAUGAAGAGGAUCCCAUGAUGUAUCCGGAAAUGGAAUUGGAGAGUGAAAAAGAAAAUAAGGAGCAGAACCAACCUAAACCCAAGCAUGAUGGCCGACGGCGGAUUCGGGAAGAUGGACUUAUGAAAAUCUACGUGCUGCAGUUGCUGGCAAGGACCGUGUUUGAGGUGGGUUUUCUGAUAGGGCAGUAUUUCCUGUAUGGCUUCCAAGUCCACCCAUUUUAUGUGUGCAGCAGACUUCCUUGUCCUCAUAAAAUCGACUGCUUUAUAUCUAGGCCCACUGAAAAGACCAUCUUCCUUCUAAUAAUGUAUGGUGUUACAGGCCUUUGCCUAUUGCUUAACAUUUGGGAAAUGCUUCAUUUAGGGUUUGGGACAAUUCGAGACUCGCUAAACAGUAAAAGGAGGGAACUGGAAGAUCCGGGUGCUUAUAAUUACCCUUUCACUUGGAAUACUCCAUCUGCUCCCCCUGGCUAUAACAUUGCCGUCAAACCAGAUCAGAUACAGUACACCGAACUGUCCAACGCUAAGAUCGCCUACAAGCAAAACAAGGCCAACAUCGCCCAGGAACAACAGUAUGGCAGCCAUGAGGAGAACCUCCCAGCCGACCUGGAGACUCUGCAGCGGGAGAUCAGAAUGGCCCAGGAACGCUUGGAUCUCGCAAUCCAGGCCUACAGUCACCAAAACAACCCCCAUGGACCCCGAGAAAAAAAAGCCAAAGCAGGGUCCAAAGCUGGGUCCAACAAGAGCAGUGCUAGUAGCAAAUCAGGGGAUGGGAAGACCUCCGUCUGGAUUUAAUCUUGGCAGGGCUUGAAACCAGUGCUUUUCAUAGUUCAUGGUAAGCAGCGGCUCACUGAAUAAUGACUUCCAUUGAGUAAACAUUUGGCUCUGGUUAUCUUCAGGGAUGCUGUUGGCUUGUGAUCCAAGCUCAGGGGACUCUGAAAGCGCGGCUGGGACAAGGGGAAGAAAAGGGGGAAACACAGUGUUCCUGGGCACAUAUUCCAGCAAUAAUACAGUUAUGGAACUUUACAUUUAUGUCUUCCAGAUCUGGAAAAGAACAGAUAUAUUUAAAUCAUUCUUGUUGAAAAGUUUUUGUAUGUACAGUAUUAUGGUACUUUUUUUAGUAUGAGAAUUUUUUUUGUAUUUGUAUAUUGGACCACUGUAGUUAUACUUUUAUAUUAAAGGAAAAAAAAUCCUUAAGGUAAUGCCUACUAGGCUAGUGUUAUUACUUUUCAGCAAAUGCAACCCUGGGUUUAAAGGUUUCAUAGAUGCUACACCUAAUAAAAGUGCCUCUUGUGUUGCCAGGAAGAGUUCAGAUAUGUAAGGAGCCAGAGGAGGAAGCAUCAGUUCUUAGUCUUGGAAAGAAAGUCCGCAGUAGCAGGAGGCUCGGGUCUUUUCUCCUUUACUUAAGAGGUUCUUGAGUCUCGUUCAUGUACCGAGACUUGUAUCUCAUCUUUGAAAACCUAUUUGUGUUUUCAAAGGAUAUAAAUGAUUCCCUGCAAGAAUCCUGUAGUUAUCAAGCAUUACCAGCAUUUCCCUUGGUGGUGUGUAUAUAAUUUAAGUUCUUUCAAAAGGCUUGCAGACAGAGGUAUCUCCAGCCUGGUAGCAGUGCAGAGUCCCUGUCCUGUUGCACAGCGAAGCGUCAGAAAUGAGCCCCACCACACUGCAGUUCAGUUGUGCACCAGAUUUGCCUGAAAUCUCUACCUAGAAACCUGCCUCUUGGGUUGCUCAAGAAACCAGUGAUGGAUAUUUUCUUUACAUAUUAACAUUAGAAAUAUAAAAAUUCCCCUAUAGGCUAAGAAAACUCAGAGCUUCUUGCACUGUGAAUGGCAGAAGGCCUAAAUCUGAAUUCAAUAAGUUUUUAUAAUUUACUGUAAAACUUAAAAUUUCUAUACUUCUGCCAGUGUGGAUUUCUGUGUGGAAACCAGUGAGGACAGGGAUUCUGCCUGUAAAUAGACCUAAAGAGAAUUUCAGUAUUUAUUCCUUAUAGGCAUAUCUGUUUGUUAAUGACUAGCAUGAGGGUUCACCCCUAAUUUGUAGUAUUUUAUUGCUGUUUUCCGACCUGGAUUAUGUUGGAGAGCUUUGCUCUCGCAUCACGUUCACAUUAUUUGUCUCUGAGUGUAUAAGCAUCUGAGUAAGAAUUUGGUAAAGAUUUAAAGGAAGGGGCUUUUGCUUCCCAGGGAGCAUUUCCGUUUGAGUGUGUCACUCUCCUAAGACGAAGCAAGCCACCUCUGACUUUGGAAUUCCCAAAGUAUUACUUUUAUGUCUUAGUUUUAAAACAUCAGUUCUUUAUUAUUUAGGAGAAUCCUGGAGCAGCACCCUUAGGUCAUUCCUUUUUCAUUUCUUUCUUUCUUUGUUCUACUCAAUAGAAAAUUUAAAAUGAUCUUCUAGCCAUGCGUUAACCCUUAUUUUGCUUUUCUUUUCUUUUCUUUUUUUUUUUUUUUUAAUCUAUAAAUUUUAGCCCAGAGAAGCUCCUUAGAAUCUCUAAACGUCUUAAGCAGGAAGGAAACUCAGGUGAGACUAAAAGGGAAUUUUCAAAGAACAGGAGACCUGAUGUCUUGGAUGAUUAGUAAACACGCAUAGUUUCCUUCAUACUACAUGUUUUAUAAGGAAAUUCAAGUGAUUCUUCUUAGAAAACAAGCAAGAUUUUAAACACCAAAGCUUAGCUAAGAUGAAGAGCCAUCAGUUCAUUCUUGUGUCUCUAGAGCUUCAAGGAGAUUUCUUAAUCAAAGGACAGAAAACACACAGACACUCGCAUCCAUCUACACAGAGCCUGAAGGAGAACAGAGUGGCUUCGCCAGCGGAAAGGUUGGGGACUCGGGAGUGACCGAGAGGGAAAGGAGCCGAGCAGAAAUGCCAGGCAAAGACGUGCGGCGCCAGGAGCAUCCACUUAGUUCCUGCACACAGUGCCCUGGGCGUUUCUUCUUGGCUUGUUCCGAGGAGAAUGUUAUUUUGUAUCUGGAUAAUUUCUUCAACAUCUAAGUCACUUCACAUGUACACACACUUUAAAAACCCAUUUUUUUUUUUAAUUCUCUGGCCAGAGCUUUAAUUAUGACAUGGAGUUCCCAACCCUCACUGCUUUCCUGGUACAUGUCUUUCAGCCUUUGAACAUGGGAGUUGGCCAAAGCCAUUUUCACCUCAUGGCAUGUCACGUACCUCCAUUAGGAAGACAGCCCUACCAGUGUCUACCUUAACCCAUUAAUUGGGUUGACGUUGACUCUAUUAAAAAUGCUGUUCUGGUUAUUCUGGAACGUGCAGUUAUUAGUAUAAAAAGCGUGUGAGCAGUAUUUUUUUUCUUACCAAAAUCCUGUUCCUUUGGAUUGCCGCAUCGACCUGCUCUGUCUGUCCUGUGACCUCUACUUUUCUAAAUUGUUAAGGUCUUAGUCUUCCCACACCAGAACUAGGGAACAGUCAACACAUUUAUAUUUCUUAACACGGUAUUAGAAUUAUUCAGAUGUGGUGUGUCUUUUUGCUCAUCAUCUGUGUUAAAAUCUGUUAUUCAGAAGAGAUUAUAAAACAGACUUCUUUCUUAGUCAAACUGAAAGGGAGAAUUAGAAUACAUUUUUGCUAAGAAUUGUUAAUGUUCGCUUUGUGGCUUCAUCUUCGCUUAUGACUUCAUUUUUCCUGUCUCUAUAUUUGCUUACUUAAACCCACAAGUGUGUUACCUCAUUCGAAGUCAUUCUUCUGGGGAUUUUCCUUGACUAAUAUCUCUAGAAUUACUUUUUGAUAAAAAUGAACUUUGCCAUCUAAAAUAUGUUUCACGGUCCCAACAACUCUUACCCAUCUGUCUUUCAGAAGGACACCUAUGUCUUUAAAGAGAAAAAAUGUCAUCAUUUGGUACCUUAACUCUGUCAUUUCUCCAUGGUAUGAAAUUAAGCAGUUUAUUCGCCCUUUCCAAGUUUCGGGAGCUGCUUGCUUCUCCAAAAUGUUAUGAAGUAGUUAGACCCUCUGGUAAAAGAUACUAAAAAAAUCAUCUAUGGGUCAUUUGUCUGAACUGGAGCUUCAAGGAAAAGAGAGUUGACAGAAGAGCUUGACAGUAGUAAGACAUCCUUCAGUGCUCUCCAUCUCGGGCGUCAGUGAUGGUUUGAAACACUCGCUUGAAGCAGUCUAUACCAAGAAUGGACUUCAGUGUUAACUCCCGUUAGUCAUACCAAUGCUUUGCCCUUUCAGCUUAUAAAUGUCUGUGUUUUAUUCCUCUGUCUCAUAUAAGAGACCGUACACCUCUAAAAAUGACAUCCAUAGUUUAUGAUAAAUUUUUGGCCAACCAGCUUUCAGUAAAAGGCAAGUAUGUUCUACUUGAACCUACUUCAAGAACCUUUUUAUAAAAGGGUCUUUUCUCACUGAAGAAAAGCACCUGAAGUCAAAGAUACACAGUUGCUAGUCAUUUUGAUUGGAAGAUUCCAAAUAUUAGAUUAAUUGUAUCUCCAUAAAAUCAUGUACUCUCAUGAAGGGUCUUACCACCUGAAAAUAAGAAAGCCCCGGUGCCUAUACAGUAUUUGGAAAUAAAACUUCAGUUCACCUCUAUACUCUAAAUCUGUAAUAACUCGUAGUCACCAUCAAAUGUUAGAACCAUUAGGUUGAAUUGCAUACUUGUCACUCAUUCUGGCCACAGAUCAUGGAGAGAUUAAAAGAUUUUAUUUGUUGUCCCUGA